CUCCAACAUCCACUUACCAAAACAAAGACCGCCAACAGUAAUCAAAACCAGAAACCACCUCAAAUUUUGUGGCAAAGAAUCGGCUUUUCCCUUCUCUAUUAAAUUAACAACAGCAUACACUUUUGCUAAAAUUCAUUUUCACUUGUUAGAUCUUACUACCGAGCUCUUAUUAGGUGCUAGCAAGCUAGGAUAUAUGGCUGAUAUUGAAGUACAAGAACGUAAGAUAGUUGUGGCAAUUGAUGAAGGAGAAGAAAGUAUAUAUGCAUUAACAUGGGCAAUCAAGAAUAUUUUAGUGUCACAAAAUUCUAAUGAUACCAUCCUUCUUCUCUAUGCAAAACCACAUCCGCAACUUGUUUCUACUCUAGAUGGACCAGAAUAUUUGUUUUCGUCUGAUGUUAUUAUAUCAAUGGAGAAAUAUAGUAAGGACGUUGCUGAUUGUGUGAUUGAGAAAGCUAAAAGGGUUUGCAAAGAUCAUCAAAAUGUGAAAGUGGAGAUAAGGGUUGGGGAAGGUGAUCCUAGAGAUGUGAUCUGUGAUGUAGUUGAGAAGAUUGGUGCUGAUAUAUUAGUCAUGGGGACUCAUGGCUAUGGUAUGAUCAAGAGGGCCCUUCUGGGAAGUGUAAGUACUCAUUGUGCACAAAAUGUCAAGUGCCCUGUUUUAAUUGUGAGAAGGCCGAAAUCAGAGGUUGGAAAUAAAUCGUCCUAGGCUGUUUAUUCCAAGUUUUCUGCUGGGGUUCUCAUGCAUGAUGCAUCUCCUUUGCGUUGCACUACUGUAAAGGCCUAUCGCACCCCUACCCAAAAAAAAUAGAAGAGGAAGAAGUUUGGUAAGUUUUUAGCUGUUCCUUGUUUGUAAUUGUGAGCGAGUGAUGAUGUAAAUAUUUGCUUUUGUAACUGUGAGUGAGUGGUGAUGUGAAUGUUUGAUUGUUGUUAAACUUGUUCUUCUAAUAAUAUUAGAAUGAAGCCGGUGCUGUUGCAUUAC